AUGUUAAAGAAAUUAAAGAAAAUCAAUGAAACGCCUAUAGAAUUAGAAAAACUAACAACAAAAUAUGUUGUUGAGGUAGUACCACAAACUGCAACAGAAUUUAUUAAGAGUGAAUUAACAACGACACAGGAUCAACUAACAACAAACACAAAUUUAAAUGUGGACUCAUCUAAAAUAUGUUCUAGAGAAGACAAUAAAAAAGAUAAAUUAAAAACUGUAACAAAUCAAAAUAAUACAAACCUCAAAAACAACUCGGAGACAAUUGUGGAAAAAUCCUUAAAAGUUGUGAAACGUAAACCAUUUAUAGUGAAUCAAAAAAGUUCGGAAAUUUUAGUAACCGAUGCCUUGAAAAAACUUACCAAAAAAUCUGUAGUCAGCACUAAAGAGAAGCCAGUACAAUUUGUCUCCAAUCCAAAUGAAGUCAACACUUGUUCGCUCGCUUCCCAAGGCAGUGUUAUUAUCGAUAAACAAUUGUCGGUGGCGGGACCCUUUAAAAAGGUGAAAUGUGUCUACACUAUAUUAAAUAAUGAUCAAAUCAAUACCUUGCGCAAACAUGCCCAAGAGGCUGUAAAACAAAAUAAAAUUUUUACCAUACGUGGUAACUACAAUUCCGUACGUCAUGCUCUUAAAUCUAGGGGUUGGGUGGAGAAACUGGAAAUGCAUCGCAAGUCAGGACCUUUACCUUCUAGUCAGAUCAACAUCUGUGAUUUAUCACAAGUCUUGCCCAAACGCAAGAUGGGCGAAACUCAGCGACAGUUUAUAGCCAAAGUGGAGAGAAAUAUAAUGUCACGUUAUAUAGAAAAUGUGUUGUGCGAUUUGCUCUGGACACCCCAUAAGGAGAAGGCCGACUAUAUGGAGCAGUCUAAGAAUCCCAGUAUGCUGAUCAAUAAAUUCAACAGAGCUCCCUUUACCAAUAAGGAAAAUUUAAAUGCUUUUCUGCGUGAUAUGACCGCCUUUUAUGAAGAGGGUGUAGCCGAUAUUAAAUUUCCUCGAUGUUUUAAUGUAUGGUCUCCCGAAGAACUCAACGAGUUCAUAGAUCAUUUUAAACUAACCGCCUGUAUAGCCUUUGUACGUUGGCUGGUUGACAAAUAUGGUGAUGGAGGUUUCGAUGCGGUUUUUUCGGCUACCGGCAAAAUACCUUACAAUUCUAUUGAUUUUGCAUUUAAACGUUGUCUUGAGUACAUUGACAAUUGCCAACAUAAUGAUAUCGAUGUUGAAGAUCCAGCACGCAUUUGGGAGCAUGACUGGGAUGCUUUUCUCCAUCAGCACUAUCAAAUGACACAUGAGGGUUUUAAAAUUCUUGCAGAUCCGCAAAAGUUGGUGGAAAGUGUUAUAACGAGAGGUUCACAUAUAUUAGACAAUAUUCAAUACUACUGGCCUCAAUACUCCAUCGAUGGCUAUCAAAAUCUUUGGAUUAUAAAACCGGCCAACAAAUGUCGUGGACGUGGUAUACACUUGAGUAAUAAUCUUAAGAAAAUUGUGAAUGUCGUUAAUCCAUCUAUUGCGACGAAAAGUCGUUAUGUGGUACAAAAGUAUAUGGAACGUCCAUUAAUAAUACAUCACACAAAAUUCGAUAUACGCCAGUGGUUUUUAAUCUCCAGCAUUCAUCCUCUCAUGGUUUGGAUGUACAAAGAAUGUUAUUUACGUUUUAGCUCACAGGAAUACACGCUGACUAAUCAUCACGAGUCGGUGCAUUUAACCAAUCAUGCCAUACAAAAGAAGUACACAAAUAAUGGAAAACGCGACAAGCGUUUGCCAAAUGAGAAUAUGUGGGACUCGUAUUCAUUUCAGGCAUAUUUAAGGCAAAUUGGUAAACAAGAAUUUUGGUUGGAACGUAUAUAUCCUGGUAUGCGAAAAGCUAUUGUCGCUUCUGUUUUAGUUUCUCAGGAUCACAUGGAGAGAACGCCCAACACAUUUGAAUUAUUUGGUGCCGAUUUUAUGAUAUGCGAAAAUUUCUAUCCAUGGCUAAUAGAAAUUAAUUCUAAUCCAGAUCUGGCUGCCUCUACAAGUGUAACGGCACGAAUGUGUCCCCAGUGUCUGGAGGAUGUCAUAAAAGUGAUGAUCGAUCGUCGUAAUGAUGCCAAGGCCGAUGUGGGAAAUUUCGAAUUAAUUUAUCGACAAAAUAUACCGCCUACACCAGCCUAUAUGGGGCUUAACUUAAUAGUUAAAGGCAAGCAAAUUUCAAAUCGUUCAAAUUCCCAUCACUCCUAUCAAGGUUUGCAACGCAAAGAAAGAUCCCUACAGACUAGCCAGUUGUAUAAGCACCGAACGUCCCUAGCUCUGACAAAUGUCUCACAGGUACAUAAACCCAUGCCCGCUUUUAAUGCCACUGAGUUUAUAGAAAAAUGUAUGGUAGAGGUGGCCAUGAACAGUCCGCGCACUAAAAGUGUUUCCUCUCUGACGAGUAUCAGUGAAAGUAACCCACAUUUUAUGACACAUAUUAUACCCACAGACAAAUGCCGAAAAUCGUUUGCCAAUCUCACAGUAGCUGCUGUGGGCCGUUGUCCAGCCAAGAUCUGCAGUGCUAAGUCCUCUCUCUGCUCGUCUAUGUAUUCCACUCUUAAACGUCAUCGAAGUUGUGGUCCCAGGUUGUCAACGAAUUGCGUGGCGGAUUGUAAAUAUACUCAAAAAUCUAAAUUUUUUGUGGCCUCUUAUAAUCAGCAAAAAGCUUUGCAUUCAUCUAGAAAUGUGGUACGUGUAAAGAAGGCCAAUCUAUUGGAUACACCUGUGUUAACUAUAAGUAAAUCGGCGGAUAAUAUAAAGGAAUUAUGUAGUCCCCUUAAGAAAGCAUUAAAAUGCACUAAAAGCCUAAGUCCCAUGAUGCCUGCCAAAAAAAAUGCCAACAACUCAAAAUCGCAUUUAUGUUUAGGAUUUAAGACAAAAUCGGAUAAAGGCGAAAAUAAUGCCAACACGAUACAUGCAAUUGGUAAAAGUAUAUCCAACUGGAAUAUUAACAAAAGACAAAUCAGUCCGAAGACAAAUGUUUAG